AGGCCGCGGUGUGCACGCGGAUCCGCUCGCGAGUCCUGCUGCCCCGCCGCCGGCCGCACUCUGGGUACCCGCGGGCUUUUCUCUUCGGUGCUGGGGUGCUGGGUGGACCCGCUGGCUUUCCAGGAUGCGGGGCGUGGAACGUGGCCUCAGAACCGCAGGCGAGAGGAGUCGUUAGGCACGGCGCUACCCGAAGCGGAAGCCGCGUUCACGCAGAUCGUCUGCAGCGUUGCGCUCUAAAGUGGUUCUUCACAUUACUUCAAAAUGAGUGUGACUGUCCGUUUUUUAAGACCUUUUGCCAGAUGUCUGGUGCCAUAUACCUUUCAUAGGAAGAGAAGUCAUUUAUAUUCAGGAGUCCUGCAGAGAUAUAUGUCUUCCAAAGUACCUUCUUUGUCCUGUCAUAAGGACAGUGCAUCCCAUCCUGAGCAGCUAGAACUGGAUGCAUGGAAAGCUACAAUGAAGUCUAGCAUUCAAGAAGAUGGUGUUUCAGAGGUCUCCGACAAAGAUGACGAUUCCCUAGCUGCAACCAGAGAACUAAUUGAGAUGUGGAGAUUGCUUGGCAAAGAAGUACCAGAACAUAUUACUGAAGAACAACUCAAAACCCUUAUGGAAUGUGCUUCUAAAUCAGCCAAAAGGAAAUACUUAAGGUAUUUGUAUGGUAAGGAAAAGGCAAAAAAAGCUAAGCAGAUAAAGAAGGAAAUUAAAGCAGAGGCCAGGGAAGAAGCAAAAAGGGCCAGGUUGCUAGAGACUACCACAGAAGAACAACAAGACUUCAUGUUUCUUCGACUCUGGGAUCGACAGAUCAACAUUGCACUAGGCUGGAAGGGUGCUCAGGCUAUGCAGUUUGGACAGCCUUUGGUUUUUGACAUGGCCUAUGAUGAUUACAUGAAACCAAGUGAACUGCAGAACACUGUUUCUCAACUUUUAGAAAGCGAAGGAUGGAACAGAAGAAAUGUUGAUCCUUUCCACAUUUAUUUCUGCAAUCUUAAAAUAGAUAGUGCUUAUCAUAGAGAAUUAGUUAAACGUUAUAGAGAAAAAUGGGACAAAUUGCUCUUAACAGCAACAGAAAAGUCUCCUGUUGAUUUAUUUCCAAAGGACAAUAUUAUAUAUUUAACUGCAGAUUCUCCCAAUGUUAUGACUACCUUCAAGCAUGAUAAAAUUUAUAUUAUUGGAUCAUUUGUUGAUAAAAAUGCACAGACAGGGACAUCCUUAGCCAAGGCUAAACGGUUAAACCUAGCAACAGAAUGCCUUCCACUAGAUAAAUAUUUACAAUGGGAAAUUGGUAACAAAAAUCUCACCUUAGAUCAAAUGAUCCGAAUUUUGCUCUGCCUGAAAAACACUGGUAACUGGGAAGAGGCUCUCAAGUUUGUUCCCAGGAGAAAGCAUACCGGUUAUUUAGAGGUUUCUGGGCAAUCUCGGGAACUUGUUAGGAAACUGAAGAAGACAAAGACUUUAAAUUCAUUUCAAAAAGGCUCCUUAAAUGCACGCACGUGGAAAAGGUGACCUAAGUGAGAAAGUAUGGUGAAAGAAGGACACAGCUGAAAGCACAGUUAGAAGAGUGUGGUUAUCCUAAAUGGACUUCUCUCUUAAAGGCCGUCUUUCUACACUAACAGGGGUUUACCUAUUUUUUGUUGUGUGCUUUUUUUGAGACAGGAUUUCCAUGUAGCCUUGUCUGUCCUGCAACGAGGCCAGACUAGGCUAUGUAUCAGCAAAACUUUGAAAGUAUGUUUUUUUGUUUGUUUGGUUUUGGUUUUGGUUUUUUUUGAGACAAGGUUUCUCUGUA